GGGCAGGGGCACAAGUUGAUUGUUGGGCUCGCGCUGCGCUCGGCUGCACGCGGACUCUCGGUAAAUCUGUAAAAGCUGCGCUUGCGGAGGAACCGCCGCGGCGCGAUGUUACAGAGCGCGCGGGUGGAGAACACGCUGGGGCGCGGGCGCGGCGUUAGGCGCGGGUAGAGGCGCGUGCUCGUCAGCGUGUGCAUGUGGCGCGCCCCGGGCGGAGGGAGAUGCGGCUCGCGCUGCUGCUACUACUGACGGCGCUGCGCGCGCUAGGGGGGCUGUGUGGAGCGGAGGAGGAGGAGGAGAGGGGGUCCUGCAGCGGCGCGUUUGAUCUGUACUUCGUACUGGACAGGUCCGGGAGUGUGUCGGACAACUGGCUGGAGAUAUAUGGAUUUGUGGAGCAGCUCACUAAUCGCUUUGUGAGUCCAAAGAUGAGAGUAUCUUUCAUAGUCUUCUCCUCUAGAGCAGAACUGAUUCUGCCCCUCACUGGAGACAGGCCUUCUAUUGAAGUGGGGUUGGAGCGCUUGAGUAAGAUCAGACCUGCUGGUGAAACCUACAUGCAUGAAGGGUUUAAGAAGGUAAUAGAACAAAUGAAAGCUCAAAGCAUAAGAGCAUCGAGUAUUAUUAUUGCACUGACUGAUGGGAAACUGGACGUCUACCCACAUGACCUUGCAGUGACGGAGGCUGACGUAGCGAGACAGUAUGGUGCUCGUGUUUACUGCGUGGGGGUGAAGGAAUUUGAUGUCCAGCAGCUUGCUGAUAUCGCUGACAGCAAAGAUCAGGUGUUUCCUGUGCUGGAUGGAUUUCAGGCUCUGAAGUCUAUUGUGAACUCUAUUUUACAGAAAUCGUGCAUAGAGAUUUUUAACGUCGAGCCCUCCAGUGUUUGUGUGAAUGAAUCAUUCAACAUUGUUCUCAGAGGGCGAGGCUUCAGUCAGGGGCGGAGCUCGGAGGGUGUGGUCUGCACGCUGUCCAUCAAUCAGCAGGAACCUUACAAUGAGAAGCCGAGUAAUGUACAGGACUCGUACGUGCUGUGUGCCGCUCCGGCGCUGGCUGAAGCUGGACAUUCAGUCGAUGUGCUGAUAAGCUUUAAUCAUGGCCACUCCUACAUUUCCAGCCCAAUCACGAUAUAUGCCACCACAUGUUCUAAUGGGAUAGUGGUGGCCAUAGUGUUCCUGGUUCUGGUUCUGUUGGUGGCGCUGGCUCUGCUCUGGUGGUUCUGGCCGCUCUGCUGUACUGUGGUUAUUAGGGAUCCACCCCCAUCCAGACCUCCACCCCCACGUCCAGUUCCUGAGCCGGAGGAGGACCCACUGCAUAAAAAGAAGUGGCCCACUGUGGACGCCUCCUACUAUGGAGGACGAGGUGCUGGUGGGAUCAAACGCAUGGAGGUUCGCUGGGGGGAGAAAGGAUCGACGGAGGAGGGAGCUCGGCUGGAGAAAGCUAAAAACGCUGUGAUCACUAUGCCAGAGGAGGAGCUGGAGGAGCCCAUUAUUAAAGCUCCUCCUAGACCACCACCUCCUUACCCCCCUCCGCCUCAGUCUAAAUGGUACACGCCCAUUAAGGGCCGUUUUGAUGCUAUGCUUGCAUUGCUGCGGCGGCAGUACGACCGGGUGGCUGUCAUGAGACCCACAGCAAAUGACAAGGGGCGCUGUAUCAAAUUCACGAGGAUUCAGAGUCGAUAGGCCGAACGCUCCGUGUCUUCUUAAAGUUGUACCUUUUUUAAGUGCCUGGUUUACUAAGGGUUGGAAUCACAGGGUAUCCCACGAUUCUGUGAUACUCAAUACUCGAUCUUAAAUAUUCAAACAUCAGGAAUUAUGGAUUUAUUGGUAUCAGUUUCACAGAAUUUAACAACCAAUAUUUUUCAAGAUGGGUUUAUUACCCUGUUUAUUUUAUUAUAGCGCCACCAUGUGGAGUAAUGAAGCAGCAACCUUAGUAAGUCAGAUUGGGGGUCAGUCUUAGGGAGUUUAAAAUGCCUAUGUUUUAAUAAUAGUAUCCAUAUUUGAUGCCAUGUACCAAUAAUGUAAUUCAAACAAAAACAAUACGAUUCAAUGUAUCGUGAUAUCAAUAUUUUGUCCCAUCCCUAAUUUUUUGGAUUUCUGGAAACCCUGUGAUGGACCGGCGCUCUGGACCUGGGUCCCUCUACAACUCUGACCAGGAUGAAGCUGGAUAGUGAUGGAUAAAUAGAUGGAUGGAUCUUGGGAUAAAUGGUGUCCUGAACCAUCAGUGUGCUUCUAGAUGUGCACUAGUAGUUGUAAUUUUACAAUUGCAAGUUUUUUCUUUAUUUUUUCAUACGUUUGACACAUCUGAUAUUAAUAUUUUUCUAAAGAUUUAAUUCUAAGAUUUAACUUUUAGCUGUAGAAUUAAGUGCUGGUCAUGUAUGCUGUUUCUGAGAGAGAUAUAGAAAAGGAAGAGUAUCAGUGUAGAUCAUUAAUUUGAGCAUUAAUUGUAUUUUUUUAUUAAUUGUAUUGUAUUAUUGUGUUUUUUAUAAUUCCACAAAAAAAGAAAGCACUGAUCUGUCUCAGAUAAUUUUAUUAAUUUUACAUUAGUUAUUGUAAAUAUUUUGCUCGCAAACACUAUAUUGAAUGUCUCAGACCCAGACAUGCUGAUAUUCCUUAAAAUACAGUAUAUAUAUAUAUAUAUAUAUAUAUAUAUAUAUAUAUAUAUAUAUAUAUAUAUAUAUAUAUAUAUAUAUAUAUACAGCCAGGCCUCUGUGUUUUCCCUGGAUGUAUUUAUAUGAGAUAAGUAAAAGGCAGUAAACAGACAUGUAUUAAUAAUCUCCUGUGUGUAAAUCUGAUAACUCGCACAAUUGCCUUACUGACAGAUUAAUCUCCUGAACACUGCUGACUGUCCAAAUGAAUAAACUGAUUUUUAAGAAA